CAGCCGGCCUCGCACGCAGCGGAAGGGAGGAGCGAGCCCCGCUGCCCGGUGCUGGGAGGAGGGAACGUGAGCGCGCCGAACGUCCCUCCCCCCCGCGCCUGCAGCCGGGCCGCGCCGCCGGCCUGGGCUAGGCCGCAUCGGGCCCCCCGUCAGCGCCCGCUUUCCCCGUCCCCGCCGGGCAGGGGCGGCCAUCGCGGGAGAGCGGCCCGGCCUUGAGCCACCCUGCCCCGGGGAAAGGGCUUCCCUCGCCGGGAUGCGCGGCAAGGGAGAGGAACCGGCGAGCUGCGGCGGUGUCUGCACGCAUGGCUGCGCCGCUGCCGCAGAAAUCCUGAUGGAUCGAGCACGCCCAUCGAGCAUCCGCCAGGAAAACUGCUCUGCCGUCGCCGUGCAGCAAGUUCCGUUAGAUUCCAGAGACUUAUUAAAGGAAUUUCCACAGCCUAAAAACUUGCUCAACAGCGUGAUUGGACGAGCCCUGGGCAUUUCUCAUGCAAGGGACAAGCUGGUGUACAUCCAUACUAAUGGGCCAAGAAAAAAGAAAGUCACUCUGCAUAUAAAGUGGCCUAAGAAUGUGGAAGUGGAAGGCUAUGGGACCAAGAAGAUUGAUGCCGAGAGGCAGGCAGCAGCUGCAGCAUGUCAGCUCUUCAAGGGCUGGGGUUUGCUGGGGCCCAGGAAUGAGCUUUUUGAUGCUGCGAAGUACCGGCUUCUCGCUGACCAGCUUGGCUGUCCCGACGAGAGGUGGUGCUCGGAGGGCAAGUGGCGCUCCAAGUCCGGACCUUCCCUUGCCGACUUGUCAACCUGCUGGCGACGGAUGGAGCCGGAUGAUUCCAUCCAGCCCAUGGAACAGGGCAGGAUGCCUAAAGCGAUGAGGAGAGAAGAGCUGGAGGAAGGGGAGCUAGAGGAAGGGGAGCUGGAGGAAGGGGAGCUGGAAGAAGAAGCAAUCGAUGUUUCUGAUUAUCUACCUAUGGCACAUCAGGAUGCUCGAACCCCAGGCAGAGAUGCAAGCCGAGGAGGGAGUUCCAUUGAAAUGACAGACGACAACACUGCCAUCCGUGCCCUGACACAAUUCCCGCUUCCCAAAAAUCUCCUGGCCCAAGUGAUUCAGAUUGCAACCUCUUCCUCCACAGUCAAGGAAUACAUGCAGUUCCGCACAGUAGGCACAAAGACCAAGAUCUGUAAGCUCACGCUCCGCUGGCCCUGUCCGAUGACUUUUGCUGCCAAGGGCCGUCGCAAGGUGGAGGCAGAAAACAAAGCGGCGGCAUUGGCCUGUCAGAAGCUCAAGAGCCUUGGCUUGGUGGACAAGAACAACAACCCACUCAGCCAUGCUAUGUACAACAUGACUUCGCUCCGGGAGCUCGGGGAGAACCAGAGGAAACCCUGCCACAUCAAAGUCCCGGAAGCAACCCUGCGCAAGAUUGAGAACUAUCUGAAUCAUUAUCCAGUGGACAUCAGGGAAUCCAGGCCUCGGAUUGCCGAUGACAUGAUGAACCUGAGCAAGGAAUCUGGUGCGAUAAGUGACGCAAUCACGGGGAAGACGUACAUACCCAUGUUGGAAGCAGAGGAAGUGCGCCUUAGCCAGAAUCUCCUGGCCCUCUGGAAAAGGAGAGGAUCCUCCUGGCAGGAGAGCCACCCACUGCCCGUAGAUCCUCACAAGGACACCAUCCUAUCAGCCAUUGAGCAGAACCCUGUAGUGGUAAUAGCAGGAGACACAGGCUGUGGGAAAACCACGAGGAUCCCUCAGCUCCUGCUGGAACACUACAUCCUGGAGGGACGCGGCGCCCGCUGCAACGUCGUGAUCACCCAGCCAAGGAGGAUCAGCGCCAUCUCGGUCGCCCAGCGCGUGGCACAAGAGUUGGGUCCCAACAUGAGGAAGAACGUGGGCUACCAGGUGCGGCUGGAGAGCAAGCCACCUGCCAGGGGAGGAGCCCUGCUCUUCUGCACCGUGGGCAUCCUGCUGCGGAAGCUGCAGGGGAACCCCAGCCUGGAGGGCGUUAGCCACGUCGUGGUCGAUGAGGUCCACGAGCGAGACGUCAACACUGAUUUCCUGCUCAUCCUGCUGAAGGGCAUCCAGAAGCUCAACCCUGACCUGCGCCUGGUCUUAAUGAGCGCCACAGGAGACAAUCAGCGUUUCUCGCAUUACUUUGGGGAUUGCCCUGUGGUCAAGGUGCCGGGUUUCAUGUACCCGGUGAAGGAGUACUAUCUGGAGGAGAUCUUGGCCAAGCUGGGCCGGCACCGUCACCGGCACUAUGAGAUCAAGCAAUCGGAUGAUGAAUGUGUCCUUGAUCUUGAUCUGAUCACUGACCUCGUGCUCCAGAUUGAUGCCCACGGAGAACCAGGUGGGAUCCUCUGCUUCCUCCCUGGUUGGCAGGAAAUCAAAGGAGUGCAGCAGCGCCUGCUCGAGAUGCUCGGCUCUCAGAACAGCCGGUACCUCGUCUUACCAGUGCACUCCAACAUCCCCAUGAUGGACCAGCAAAACAUCUUCCAGAGGCCUCCACCUGGUGUCAGGAAGAUCGUCCUGGCCACCAACAUCGCCGAGACCUCCAUCACCAUCAACGACAUUGUCCACGUGGUGGACAGCGGCACGCACAAGGAGGAACGCUACGAUCUAAAGACCAAGGUGUCCUGCCUGGAAACAGUGUGGGUGUCCAAGUCAAACGUGGUGCAGCGGCGAGGGCGUGCUGGCCGCUGCCAGUCGGGAUUUGCCUAUCACCUCUUCCCUCGCAGCCGCCUGGACAAGAUGCCAACUUACCAGGUUCCAGAGAUCCUGCGCACCCCACUGGAGAACCUGGUGGUUCAGGCCAAGAUCCACAUGCCGGAGAAAACGGCAGUUGAAUUUCUCUCCAAGGCUCUGGACAGCCCUGACAUCAAAGCUGUGGAUGAAGCAGUGAUCUUGCUGCAGGAGAUUGGGGUGCUGGACCAGCGAGAAGCCCUCACCACUCUGGGCAAACGCCUCGCCCAGAUCUCCACAGAUCCUCGGCUGGCAAAGGCCAUUGUCUUGGCAUCCAUCUACCGCUGCCUCCACCCUCUGCUCGUCAUCGUUUCCUGCCUCACCCGGGACCCCUUCAGCAGCAGCCUGCAAAACCGUGCGGAGGUGGACAAGGCCAAGGCUGUUCUGAGCCGGGAGAGCGGGAGCGAUCACCUCGCGUUUGUCCGAGCCGUGGCGGGCUGGGAGGAGGUGCUGAGACGCCGAGACAGUCGUGCCAGGGAUAACUACCUGCAGGACUACUACCUGUACGGCCCCAGCCUUCGCUUCAUCAACGGCCUCGUCAAGCAGUUCUCUGAGAACCUCUACGAAGCCUUCCUGGUGUCGUCCCCAUCUGACUGUACCAUGCCCUCGUCCGUCUGUAACCAGUACAGUGAAGAGGAGGAACUUGUCAAGGGAGUCCUCAUGGCUGGGCUGUACCCCAACCUCAUCCAGGUGCGACAAGGCAAAGUGACCCGUCAGGGGAAGUUCAAACCCAACAGCUACGCCUAUCGGACAAAGGCUGGCACCGUCCUGCUCCACAAAUCCACGAUCAACAGGGAGGCGUCCAAGCUCUACAGCCGCUGGCUGACGUACUUCAUGGCGGUGAAGUCCAACGGAGGGGUGUUUGUGCGCGACUCCUCCCAGGUCCACCCCCUGGCCGUGCUGCUCAUGACCGACACAGACAUCCACGUGCGAGAUGACGGCUGGCGAGCGACAGUCUCCCUGACCGACAGCGACCUCCUGGUGCUGGAGGGGGACUCCUACACCAUCCGCCUCCUGCGUGAUUUCCGCGUGUCGCUCUCCAAGAUGGUGGAGACGUGCCUGUGCUACGAGAUGGCAGCCAUCCCCGGGGACCUGCACCACCAGCACAGCCAGCUGCUCGACAUCCUGGUGGAUCUGCUCAAAGGCCCUCCUGGCAGCUUUGGCGCUUAGGCUGAGCUGGAGGAUUGUGUGGGGACUUGUAAUUUGUAUAAAGAUGUUCACAAAUGUUUAUUUAAAUAAAAGUUCUAUUUAUCCCUUGUGAAGUCAUCUCUCUCCAUCCUAGAAGAUUAAUGUUGUCUGAAUCUCCUGCUGUCGGCUCCGUGCAUGGUCACCACGUAGGAAGAACCGGCGCAGCGCCGCCUGCAAUGGACUGGAAGUGCCGAUGGACCCUGACGCGAGCUUCGUGGACCCCCACCACCACCUCUUCCUCCUCCUCCUCCUCCUCCUCCUCCUCCGCUCUUCCCGGCUCAGCCAGGACGCGGCGGCUGCGGGCCGACCCCCGCCCACCCCCACAGGGCCGGAGCUGCUCCCGCCCCGAGAGGAGGACGCGCGGCGGGGCCCGGGCCUGGAUCCGGCGGCUCUGGCGCAGGGUCCUGCUCCUCGGCCCCUUCCCGAGGACGGCCAAGCCCCGCAGGCGCCGGCGGACGCGACGUUCCACGCGGGAUCCGAGCCCCAGAGCGGGGCCCGGCCGCCCCACAGCGCGAGCGCAGCCGUGGCGUUACCAGUGUGAGAUGGGACUUGUCCUUCCUAAUCUGCCUGUACUUUUUGUCCUCUUGCGUUGUUACUUUUUUUUAUUUUUUUUUUUAAAUUUUUUUUUUUAUUAUUAAUUUCUUGUUCUCCCAACGCCAAGGAGGCCGAAUCCCUGUACCGUGUGCACCACAGGACGUGAUUGUAGAUGCCAGUCUGCCUGUGAGCGCUUUCUCCUGCGGGCAGCCGGGAGCAUUGGCACAAAAUUCUUUGUUUUCUAUGAACAGGGACCAUAUUUCUGUGGAAGGAGGAUUGUGACAGGCACGGCAUUAACCGAGAAAUCUGGAGUUUGAACCCCAGCUUUGCCUUGGAUUCCCUGUCAAAUGAAGACAGUGACCUACCUCACAGGGCUGUUGUGAGGCUUCGUUAGUGUUUGUCCGGCGCCAGCCCCGGGCGGGCCAGCUCCAGGUACUGCACCCUCGCUUCGGGGCGCGGCGGCCGCUUUCCCCGCCAGCCCCGCACCCGUUAUUUUUAUUCACCGUUUCUUACGCUCUUUGUAAAUCUGAAAUGGGGGGCGGGCAGGGGCAGAAAGCCCCGGGCUGAGCGCGGCUGCGAGGCUGGAAUUGCUGCUGGUGAAGGGCUGCGUGCCCCGGCCCCCGCGGGGCCAUGCUCUGCUUCUCCCCCCCGUGCUCUCUACUGAGAUUUAAUUUCCUCGUCACGGGCUUUACUGGGGGGGAGCUGCACCCUCUGCCCUGGGAGCUGAUGGGGCGGGGGUGUGCGGGAGCCCCACGGCUCCAGAGAGCACCGGGGCUGGGGGCCGGGAGCUGGGGGGCCAGCGGAGUCCCGCGGCCUGGGGUCACGCAGAGGUUUUCAUCUUCAUUUCACUUGCUUGAGGUUGUCACUAUUAUUUGACCAGUGUUUGUUUCUUUUGGCCUGUAUAAUGGGCAGUAUGGUUUUCCCUUCCAGCAGGUUUAAAAAAAAAAAAAAAAAAAAGCCAAAAAAAAAAAAAAAAAGACUAAGCUAUUGUCUAAAUGGUUCAGAACUAGUGUGAUAUUGGGAUACUUCAGUGGCUGUUAUGUGAUACUGGAUCUUUUUACAACAUAGAUUAAAGACAAUAAAAAGGGAUAGAGUAGUAA